AUGCACCGCGGCGGUACCCAGCUGCCUACGCGUUAUUUUAAGCUCCCCGAGGUCGCAGCCCGGCCCCGCUCCGUGCGCCCAUCAGCGGCGCCGCCGGCGGGAGCCGCGCCGGACUCGCAGCACGGCACGCACGUCUGGCCCUGCGCCGUGGUCCUGGCCCAGUACCUCUGGGUGCACCGGAGCAGCCUGCCCGGCAAGCGGGUGCUGGAGGUCGGCGCGGGCGUGAGCCUCCCCGGGCUGGUGGCCGCCAAGUGCGGAGCCGCGGUGGUCCUGUCCGACGGCGAGGAGCUGCCCCGCUGCCUGCGGAGCUGCCGGCGGAGCUGCCUGGCGAACGGCCUGCCCCGCCUCCCCGUCCUGGGGCUGACCUGGGGGCGCCUGGCUCCCGCGCUGCUCGCUCUGGCUCCCCUAGACAUUAUUUUGGGAUCGGACGUCUUUUUUGACCCCAAAGACUUUGAAGAUCUUCUAACUACAGUUUACUUCUUGCUGGAAAAGAAUCCACAUGCUCAAUUCUGGACUACCUAUCAAGUCCGAAGUGCCGACUGGUCAAUCGAAGCUCUGCUCUGCAAGUGGAAGCUGAAGGCCGUCCGCAUUCCCUUACACACGUUCGGCGCAGACCAGGAGCGCCUGGCCAGCUCCUCUCUACCAGGAAGACACACAAUCGAAAUGAUGAUCAUCUCACUAGCAAGGUCAGAUGGUACUUAA